AUGGUCUCGGAGUGCCACCGCAGUGGCCAUGAAUAUCUCCACUGCUCUCCCACAGGUGGCCAGGCCGAGGUGCACCUGUCUGUGCCCCCCCUGGUGGAGGUGAUGCGAGGGGAGCCUGUCACCCUGGAUUGCACUCCCUUGGGAGCCCACGACCAUUAUGUGCUGGAAUGGUUUAUUACCGACCGCUCCGGGGCCCGCCGCCGCCUGGCCUCGGCCGAGCUGCAGGGCUCUGAGCUCCAGGGCACCGUGCACGACUCCCGGGGCCGCAGUCCCCCGUACCAGCUGGACUCCCGGGGACGCCUGGUGCUGGCGGAGGCCCAGGUGGGCGAUGAGCGGGACUAUGUAUGCGUGGUGAGGGCUGGGGCUGCAGGCACCGCCGAGGCCACCGCGCGGCUCAGUGUGUUUGCAAAGCCAGAGGCCACUGAGGUGUCCCCCAACAGAGGGACACUGUCUGUGAUGGAAGACUCUGCCCAGCAGAUCGCCACCUGCAACAGCCAGAACGGGAACCCGGCCCCCCAGAUCACGUGGUAUCGGGACGGGCAGCGCCUGGAGGUGCCCAUGGAGGUGAACUCAGAGGGCUACAUGACCAGCCGCACCGUCCGGGAGACCUCAGGCCUGCUGUCUCUGAGCAGCACCCUCUACCUGCGACUCCACAAGGCCGACCGCGACGCCAGCUUCCACUGUGCCGCCCACUACAGCCUGCCCUCGGGCCACCACGGCCGCCUGGAGAGCCCCGCCUUCCGCCUCACCCUGCACUAUCCCACGGAGCACGUGCAGUUCUGGGUGGGCAGCCCGUCCACCGCGGCCGGCUGGGUGCGCGAGGGCGACUCUGUCCAGCUGCUCUGCCGGGGGGAUGGCAGCCCCAGCCCAGAGUACACCUUCUUCCGCCUUCAGGACAAGCAGGAGGAAGUGCUGAAUAUAAACCUUGAGGGGAACUUGACCCUGGUCGGGGUGCACCGGGGCCAGAGCGGAACGUACGGCUGCAGAGUGGAAGACUACGACGCGUCCGAGGACGCACAACUCUCCCAGACCCUGGAGCUGCACGUGGCCUACCUGGACCCCCUCGAGCUCAGCGCCAGGGAGGAGCUUUCCUUGCCCCUGAAAAGCAGCACAGCCGUGAACUGCUCCGUGCGAGGCCUGCCCAGCCCCGCCCUGCGCUGGACCAAGGACUCGGUGCCCCUGGGGGACGGCCCCACGCUCUCCCUCAGCUCCGUCACCUUCGAUUCCGCCGGCACCUACACGUGCGAGGCCUUCAUGCCCACCGUGCCCCUCCUCAGUCGCACGCGGAGCUUCGAGCUGCUGGUCCAAGGGUCACCGGAGUUAAAGGCAGAGGAGACCGAGCCCGAGGCAGAGAGCAGCUGGAGGGAAGGAGACGAAGCCACGCUGAUCUGCUCUGCCCGCGGCUACCCGGAGCCCAAACUCACCUGGAGCCAGCCGGGCAGCAGCUCAGCAGAGCCGGUGCCCGGGAGGCAGGGCUGGGUGAGCAGCUCCCUGACCCUGAAAGUGACCAGUGCCCUGAGCCAGGACGGCGUCUCCUGUGAGGCCUCCAACCCCCACGGGAGCACCCGGCACGUCUUCCACUUCGGCACCGUGGCCCCCCAGAUCCCCCAGGCUGGAGUGGCUGUCAUGGCGGUGGCGGUCAGCGUGGGCCUCCUGCUGCUCGUCGUCGCUGCCUUCUAUUGCAUGAGGCGCAAGGGACGCCCUGGCUGCUGCCGGCGCGGGGAGAAGGGGGCUCCGCCACCUGGGGAGCCAGAGCGGAGCCACUCAGGGUCAGAGCGGCCAGAGCAGACGGGCCUUCUCAUGGGAGGGGCCUCUGGAGGAGCCAGGGGUGGUAGCGGGGGCUUGGGAGACGAGUGCUGAGCACAAGGACCUCCUAGAGGCGGUCACUGGACGCGGAGUUGCAGGCAUCAGACGAGCCGCCCUGCUCACGCCGGCCGCCCCCGCCUUCCCUCUCCCCUCUCCCUGCUCCGGCCCUCCCUUCCUUCCUCUGCUGGCCAGGCAGGGACCCACAGUGGGAGGGAAAGAGGGAGGGGACCUUCCUCCAGGGAGUGUGACUCUCCCAGGCCCCAGAAUAGCUCCUGGACCCACGCCCAGGGCCUGGCCUGGGACGAGGUUCGAGGGUCCGCUGGCCGGGGCUAUUUUUACCUCCUGCCUCCCUUGCCGGUCCCCCCACCUGACGUCCUGCUGCAUAGUCUGACACUGGAUCCCGCCCCCCAUCAUCUGCGGACACUGGAGUCUGGAAUAAAUGCUCUCUGUCACAUUGACACCA